UGCAAACAUUUGCAAACAUGUGUUUAUAGUAUUGAUAUAAUAAUAACAGUAAUACUGUAUUAUUGUAUAUAUUAUUGUAUUAAUAGUAAUAAGUUUUGUCUUUAAGUAAACAAUGAUUGAAUAGUUGGUCAUAAAGUUGUUGAUAAUUGUUAGCCAUUGAUGACAGUCUUGUGAUGUAUCGAUUCAGAAGUUGUCGUUUCAUUGGUUUUUAUUCAAAUGCUUUUCACAAUUUGUCAACAAAUGGCAAACUUUGUGUCAAUAGUCAGGUGUGGAUCAAAUCAAGUGUCAGGAGUUUGUGUUCAUCGCAAUCAAACAGUAUUGAUGUCCACAAGACAUCCAUCGGCAGCAAGAGUUUAGCCGAUUUGCGAGAUAAGAGGUUACAUCAGAUGAAGCGAAACCUUGCCGUUCAAGAAUACGAUGUCUUGACGGAAGCUAUCAUUAAUUGCGUUACCAUUGAUCAGGUCUUGGAUUUGGUCUCAAUGCACGUCAAUGUCAUGAAUAACCGACAUAUGGCCGAUGUUUUUGAAUCGUUGCACAACAUUGUUAGGCAAUCAAACAAUUACGCUGAAGACUGUCUUAAGAUAUUGUCGUCCAAAGAGUUUAGCGAUUUAUGUAAUCAAGCGAUACGUCGGAUGCGGUUCUUUCAAACAUCAGAUCUAUUGACAACAUUUAAGGCACUAAUACUGUUGAGGAUAUCUCCAAACACAACGAUUGUUCAAAGUUUGCUUCAAAUGACACGACAACUGAUUAACGACUUCUCGAUCAAUGAAAUAAUUUUUUUAGAUUUUCUUUUAAACCGAAGACUAAUUGAAAGAAAUGAUUCUUUAAAUGAAACAGAAGUUGAGAACUUUGAAAAUGAGGAGAAUUUCUUAACCCGUCGAUUACUUCAACAGUCGGUUAAUGAAGAAAAGGAAACAAAGAAACCAACAAUUGUUCCAUUAAUAGAAGCUCUUAAGUUAGCCAUUCCUUUAGUACUUCAACUAAAGAUUGAGUCAAAAGAGUUAAACUUUGAUGACAUUGAUUUGGUAGUGAAAUGUCUGAGAGCUGUGGCCAAACAUAACCUAAAGGACGAAGUGAUUGAUAAACUAACUCUUGCGGUCUCAUAUAAAAUCUUUGAGCUGACUGUUCCUCAAAUGUUUUCGAUAAUUGCAUCGUUAACAUGGGUUCCCACACAUAACACCAAUGUUAACACAACACUUGUUCACCGAGUGAUAAACCAAUGUCUCGACAGAGUUACUGCUCCGGGAGUUAUUAUUCCCAGCAAUACAUCACACAAUUUCAUAAUAUCAUUGAUAACACAUAAAAGACAGAGAGAUUUCUAUCAUAAAGGACUCUACGAAAUGGUCGCUAAUUUAAUCAUUCAAAAACCAACUGAGUUUCAUAUAUCAAAAGCAACGGCUGUGUUGAAUACCCUGACCUCACACUAUCACAUCCAUUACGGACUUCUUGAUUUUGUAGCCAAAAAGAUUGCUUUAAGAGAUCCAGAGCUUAUUGACAGCAAAAAAGCGUCGUUUACUAACAUUUUAGGUUCUUUUGCUUUGCCAGCAAAUUAUAGACCAAAUGAAUCAAAUAGUGAUGACAUUUAUAAAAUAAUAUUAUCCACAAAUCAUAUAAAUCUAUGUAAAGAGAAAACACAACAUUUAUUGUUUAAAAUGUUGAAAAACUUAGCAAUACUUAACUAUUAUCCCAAACAAGAAAUCACUGAAUGGUUUAAUAAUCACUUUAAGUCUGCAAUAUCCGGAUCAACAGUAAUUGGAUUAAGGAUUGAUUUUUUGCAAUCUAUUCGAUAUUUAUAUCAAGGUUUAUGUUUAGAAGCAAAUCUAGAAAACAUGGAUUAUUUGAAACAUUCAUUGAAAGCCUAUGUCGACGAAUUGGUUGAGUUUGAGAUCAAAGAAGUAGAAAAUGUUAUUAAAUCAGAAACACUAGAGUUUGCUUUAACACAAGGUUUAGGUGGCAAACAGUUUUUCGCCAACAAUUUGUUUACCGGUUUUGGACAUCACAUCGAUUAUGUGCUCGCUAUGAGAAAAGGAGGUUAUCCUAUAAAUAUUAAUACAAAUGAUGAAAAGAUAUCACACAUUACACAAUUAAAUUUGCCAUCAGAUGCUAAAAUUUACGGAAUUCUAUUGUUGGAUUUCAAAGACUAUUGUCGAGAACCUGCCAUCAAAAAAGGUGACACAGAUUUCAAAAUAAGGACUCUUAAGAAGUGUGGUGUGAAUCCAAUAAUUAUUAAAUUGGAGAACUGGGAGCUAUUAAGUGAAGUGGAGAAAGUGCCGUAUAUUAUGAGAGAGAUUAAUGAAAACUCUAAAUUAGAAGAACUACAAAGUAAUUGUCGCUAAUAUUUAAUACAAAAAUUAAAUUUAAUUAUAUAAUUCAAUAUUCUUA